AUGAAUGCCAUGCAAACCUCUGAAGAUACCAUUCGGAUGGCACUUCUAAACAACGCAGUCUGUCUAGGCUUUGAUCUCGAUCAAUUAGCAAAUUGCACCACUCCAUACAUGUCACCGUUCUUCAGAUCUAUCACGGCGCAAGAUAGCCCACAGGACCUUGUCGCAUCAACUUUCAACACUGCCAUUCCAAUCCAUCUCCAACCAACCAUGGCCCAGAUUCUGGUCCCUCAUCAUGCCAGCCUGGAUCUGAUACCCAUGCCACUCCUCCGAGAACGUGCCAUCAUGAUGUCUUUUGCAAUGCCGGAUGCCUUCAACCUUUGGGACUUGAAGUUGGAUAUCUAUACGCGGCGUGCACUUGUUUGCCGUAGUCAUCGUCCUGGGGGCACUUGUCAACCAUGGGACCAGAAGAAUUGGGAGGCAAUGCCAUGGUUUUUGAAGAAAUGGAGUAUGACAAUUGAAACAUGA